GCUGCUAUAUCCAUACAGAGGUAGGCAGCGUAGCGCCACGACAAGCCUCGGAAUUUUCUCUCAAUAAAAUUUUUCCCUAGCAAGGCUGGCUCAAAGCCGCCUGACCAUCUAGGAAAGAAGAAAAAAGACGAGAAAAAAAAAGUACCAAACCUUACUGGCCGGGUCCAAAAGGUACUAAAUCCGCUUCCAAGAGGCAAAGCUGCGUCCCACAGCCGCCCAGGCAAAAUUAACGCCAGGGCCAAUCACGCCGGCGAAAAAAAAUUCAGGUAACGCACCUUUUCUACCCCCUCCGUCCACCUUUUGCUCUUCUCCUCUCACCUCUCUCAAUUUCUCCUCUCCACAUAACUCUCAGCACUCUCCACUGUCUGUCUGCCGCGCAGACUCUCUUUCACUCUUCGUCUUCUUUCUCUUGCUUCACGACAAGUUCGAUUUUUGCGCAAUCCAUCACCAUGGCUGACGAGCAUGAUGUUACCUUCGAGUCCGCCGACGCCGGCGCGUCUCUCACCUACCCCAUGCAGUGCUCUGCUCUGCGCAAGAACGGCUUCGUCGUGAUCAAGGGCCGCCCCUGCAAGAUUGUCGACAUGUCCACCUCCAAGACUGGCAAGCACGGUCACGCCAAGGUCCACCUUGUCGCCCUUGACAUCUUCACUGGCAAGAAGUACGAAGAUCUUUCUCCCUCCACUCACAACAUGGAUGUCCCCAACGUCACCCGUCGUGAGUACCAGCUUCUCGACAUCUCCGACGAUGGCUUCCUCUCCCUCAUGAACGACGACGGUGACACCAAGGAUGAUGUCCGCAUGCCCGACGGUGAGAUUGGUGAGAAGAUCAACAAGCUCUUCAAGGUUGACGAGAAGGACACCAACGUCGUUGUCCUCACCUCCAUGGGUGAAGAGGCCGCUAUUGAGGCCAAGGAGGCUCCCAAGCAGGGUUAAACUAACAAUCCUACUCUCCUCCGCCAAUUGAGUAAAAUGAAGAUUUAGGAUUUGUUUAUAGCCCCCUCGUUUCCUUCCACCUCUUGGCGUUUACUGCGGCCGUCGUAACAUCGAAUAUCCUUGGGUUGAUGUAUGGGUCGUUCCGCUCGAAGGUUGAUGGAUCGGAUU